AUGAUUCGCCCAAGAGGCCCCGUGCUUGUCUUCAAGCAAAACACUAAAAGAGAGUCUGGGCGAAAGGCCCAGCUCGCCAACAUCCAGGCGAGCAAGGCCAUAGCGGACAUUGUGCGAACCACUUUGG